AUUUAAAAUGGUAAAGCGGAUCUCUGAGCAGCUAAUUCAUGCUGCCAGAAAUGGUAAAUUCAUUCAGUGUAAGGAUAUACACGAUCAUACAUGUGAAUAUGAAGCAAUUGAGAAAUUUUUCAGAGUUCUCGUUAGAGCUUGGAAAAUGUAUCUUCCUGUACAUCUCAUCCCUGUACUCAUUUUCAAAUGGAAGAAACUAAAGAAGACACCUUGGAAAGUACUUAAGAAGAUGUUCAAAGACACUUUCUACUCAGUUCUUUGGCUCUCCACAUACAUCGCGCUAUACAGAUACUUCUUCUGCCUAUUCAAGAAUCUCAGAGGGAAAAUAGAUAGAACCUCUGUCGGACUUGCUGGCUUCUUCUGAGGGUUUGGACUCCUCUGGGAAGCACAGAGUAGACAAAUUGAGAUGUCACUCUACUUCUUCCCAAGAGUUCUCGAGUCUCUUUGGGGACUCCUUGCUAGAAGGAAUUACGUCACCUCUCUUCCAUAUGGAGAAGUUCUUGUUUUCGCCGUAGCAAUGACAAUCAUAAUGUAUUGCUAUCAGAAUGAGCAGAAGAGCAUCAAAAGAUCCUUCCUUUCAUGCUUCAAGUUCUUAUGGGGUGAGACCUAAAACUCUGAUUUCAAUUCACAA